AUGACAAUCAAGUUUGUGGUCAUCCUCUUGUUACUUCUGCUCGUUCAAGGUGCUCGUCCUGAUCAGCUGGAAUAUGGCGACGACGAUGAAGAUCUCCAUGACACCACUGUCAAUCAAAUGCUGGUCCCCAGGUCGCACCAGGAGGAUGCCACACUCAUACUGAACAAUUUGCUCAAGGAAUAUGACAAAACGCUCCGGCCAGACAUUGGAGUGAAACCAACAGUCAUCGAUGUGGGCAUAUAUGUCAACAGCAUUGGGCCUGUGUCAUCCAUCGAUAUGGAGUACCAGAUCGAUAUUAUCUUCGCCCAGACUUGGGUGGACACCCGUCUGCGUUACAACAGCAGCAGCAUGAAGAUUCUAACCCUCAACAGCAAUAUGGUCGGCCUAAUCUGGCUCCCCGACACCAUCUUUAGGAAUUCCAAGAACGCUGACUCUCACUGGAUAACGACCCCCAAUCAGCUGCUCCGGAUCUGGAACAAUGGAAAAAUACUUUACACACUGAGGAUGACCAUCAACGCAGAAUGCCAGCUGCAACUUCAUAAUUUCCCAAUGGACGAACACUCCUGUCCUCUCGUCUUCUCCAGCUACGGCUACCCGCGAGACGAAAUCAUUUACAAGUGGAGGCGGAACUCAGUGGAGACGUCGGACAAGAAAUACUGGAGGCUUUACCAGUUUGAUUUCAUGGGGCUUAGAAACACCACGGAUGUGCUCACGACGACAGCGGGUGACUACGUGUUGAUGACAGUGUACUUUGACCUCAGCAGAAGGAUGGGCUACUUCACCAUCCAGACCUACAUCCCCUGCAUCCUGACUGUGGUCCUCUCCUGGGUCUCCUUCUGGAUUAAGAGCGACGCCACGCCUGCGAGGACGGCCCUAGGUAUCACCACGGUCCUGACCAUGACCACCCUGAGCACAGUGGCCAGGAACUCUCUACCCAGAGUGUCCUACGUGACGGCCAUGGACCUGUUUGUCACCGUCUGCUUCCUGUUCGUCUUCGCUGCCAUGAUCGAGUACGCCAUGCUCAACUACUACUCCUACAGUAUACGCAGACCGCCCGCCAAGACACAGAGAAUGGCCUAUUCAUCUUUCAACAUGGGUCGCACCCCUCGGCCCAUGAUGCCGAUGGGAAACUCUCUCUUUUGGCACGACUACGACGACAACUGCAUGUACGAGUGCCUGGACGGGAAAGACUGCAAGAGCUUCUUCUGCUGCUACGAAGAGUGUAAAGAAGGCGGCUGGAGGAAAGGACGGAUCCACGUCAAGUUGGAAGAGUUGGAUUCCUACUCCCGGGUUUUCUUCCCGACUUCCUUCUUGCUUUUCAACAUCGUCUACUGGGUCAGCUACCUCUACCUCUAG